CGGCUCAAGCAGCCGCUGUCCACCUUUAAGACUCCUUGCUUCAGAUCUAACUUGUUCUACGACGUGCAGUUCAAAGAGCUCCUGACGGAUCCGUACGCCAACUUAAAGGAUUUCUGUCUGAAGGCGCUCGAAGUGAAGAACGCCACUGGGGUGUACUCUGGUUGUGGCAUCGUGUACUGCAGGAUGAGGGACGUGUGUGACCAGCUGGCCACUGAACUGAGCCACCGAGGAGUGAAAGCCAAGGCCUAUCACGCAGGACUCAAGGCAGCUGACAGGACUUCAGUGCAGAAUGAGUGGAUGGAAGAGAAGAUCCCAGUUAUUGUUGCAACCAUCAGUUUUGGAAUGGGAGUAGACAAAGCAAACGUCAGAUUUGUUGCCCACUGGAAUAUUGCCAAGUCAAUGGCUGGGUAUUACCAAGAGUCUGGCAGAGCUGGGAGAGAUGGGAAGCCAUCCUGCUGUCGCCUCUACUACUCAAGGAAUGACCGGGAUCAAGUCAGCUUCCUGAUUAAGAAGGAGCUCUCUAACAUCCAGGAAAAAAAAGGCACCUUAAAAGAAUCUGACAAAGCUGUGAUGACAGCUUUUGAUGCCAUUGUGAACUUCUGUGAGGAGCUGGGGUGA